AUGCAGAAAGUGCAGUCAAAGUGCGCGUUUCGCUUCGUCUCCACUACCAAGAUACAACCGAUUCAUGAUCCCCAAGAUCCGAGAAAUGCUGGCAUAACGGCUGAAAAUUCGGGCAGUAGGAUCGUCCCAGAACACAUAAACAAAACGGCCAAUACGGGAGAGGAUACACACAGCACCCUCUAA